CGCCGUCUCCGUCAAAAAUCACUUCCAUCGACCAUCAUGCGGCCUACCACUUCUGCGGUGGCCUUCUUGGCUGCUCUGCCGUUAUGUUGUGCCUGGAGCGUACCUGCUUUAGAGAAACGCCAUUACCCAACAACACCGCAGAAUGAAUCCUGCUCGUCAAUCACCGCGGCAGAAAUCAGGUCCAUGGGCAACAACACCCUGUUCACUCGAUGGAGACCGACAAGCCACUUCCUGGCUCCAGCAGGAUGGAUGAACGAUCCAUGCGCCUUCAUGUACGAUCCUGUGCGCGAUGAGUACCACGGGUACUACCAAUCACACCCAGAGCACAUCAGCUGGGGCAAUAUCAGCUGGGGAGGCGCAAAGAGCAAAGACUUGAUUCACUGGGAGGACAUAGGUGGUUGGCAGGGCAGAGAGCCACUGUCUCUUUCACCCGGUGCCAAUGGGUCCUACGACCAGCUCGGCAUCUUUUCUGGUACUGCCCAGCCAGUCAACCUUCAAGGUGAGCAGGACGGCACGCUGCUCAUAUUCUAUACUGCAGUGAGCUACCUCCCAACGAAUUGGAGAUCGCAUUACGAGCCAGGCACGGAGACUCAGGCUCUCGCUCUGAGCCACGAUGGUGGUGAGACUUGGGAGAAGUACGAUGGGAAUCCAAUCAUCAACGCCACAACGGAAACAGCACCAAUGAACUGGAAUCUCACUGGUUUCCGGGACCCAUUCUUUGAGCCCGUUCCAGAGCUGGACGAGCUUCUUCAGGUGGAUGAGCCACAUUACUAUGCUGUGUAUGGAUCUGGAAUCAAGGGCGUUGGACCACGUAUACCUCUGUGGGCAGCUCCUGCUCGUGACCUGACCAGCUGGACCUUUCUGGGAGCCCUGUGGGAGCCAGUCGCCAACACUUCCGUUGGUCCUGUAUUAAGCACUGGUAGUUAUGGCUUCAACUUUGAGGUGUCCGGAUUCUUCCCACUCAAAGACCGUGCUGGAAAGGAUCACUGGUACGUCAACAUGGGUACCGAGGGAGGCAACGUUUCUUUCCACUCCUCUCCACAGUGGUCGCUCUGGAACGAAGGUCAUGUUGUGCGCCGUGAGAACGGCAGUGCUGAGUUCGUGCCGUUGACUGGAGGUGCUGGUGAUUGGGGUCUCGGCUAUGCUCUGACCAGCUUCAACGAUACCAAGAACAACAGACGUGUGCAGUACGCGUGGUUGAAAGAGGACAAUGUCGGCGACGGUGGCCUCUUCUCGGCCAACCAGCAAGGUUUCCAAGGCGCUCUCUCGAUUCCUCGUGAGCUCUUUGUUCAUGAAGUGGACCACGUAGUCAACACAACUGAGCUCACAGAAUCCAAGACUGCCAUUGUCGAGAACGGCACAGCUCGUACGCUCGGGGUUCGCCCACUCGACGAUGUUGUAGCAGGUCUCCGUAACGGCUCAACGUAUGCUGCCUACUCGGCAAAGACCUACAACGAGUCCACCAUUCUCAGCCAAUGUGCAACUUCGCACAUGGAGAUUAAGACCACGGUGAAGAACGCCACUGGCCCUGUUGGUCUCCGGAUUGCCGCCUCAAGCGAUAUGGAAGAGUAUACGACGAUCAUGUACGAGCCUUCGAACCACACCAUCCUCGUGGAGCGCCUCCACAGCUCCAACGUAGUGGAGUUUAACAAUGAGACCAUUACGGGCUACUUCCAGCCUUACACUCUUCUGACCACCAACCAGACGGAAAGUCUCACGUUCGACGUCUUCAUCGACGGCUCGAUUGUGGAAAUAUAUGUCAAUGAGCGUUUCGCUUUGACAGCGAGAAUCUACCCCAGUAAGAGCUGCUCCACUGGAUAUGGUGUGUAUGUUGGCAAGGGUUCGACUGCCGAGUUUGAUAUUGUUCAUGCAUGGGUUGGCACGGACAAUGCUUGGCCGCAGAGACCGGUCAAUAGCUCUAGUCAGUUGGUAUGGGAUACUGUGGAGGAGACCAACAACCGCACGUGGUGGGCCGGAAACUAGAUUCCUUCGCAAGGCGUGUGCUGUAACACGCAUACCUGGUGUGAGGGAACUGUCAAGGCAAACGUAGCGGAGGAAUGAAGCCAUGCGCUAUGAGUUACAUAUAGCCUAAAUGUAUGGCCCUGUACUACCUACUAUCAAUGGACGACUGUUGGCUGAAUAAAGUUCCACCCUCGGACGGACAUUUCUCGCUGCUGGUCGUCAGCACUGACCAGGUGCUGAUAAGUUUCCGAAUCAUCUAAUCAAAACAUACCGCCGUUAGUGAGACAACUGCUAAACUCCUCGAGCGAGAGGGCACAUGUCACAUGUCAGAGAACCCCAGAACACCACCACCACCACCACCACCACCACUAGGUACUACCUUACUCCUCAUCCUUCUACUAUUACAAGCCGCCAUUACCACUCAUCUACCAAUGACCAACCACCAACCACUUCC